UCAUCUUCUUGAAAAGUUCAAUCACACAACACAAAUCGAGGAAACACGCUCCCUACGGCGAACUUCACUCAGACAGUCCCAAGCAAAGAUGGAGACCAUCAAGCAUCGCAUGGUGAAGGUCAACGGCGUGAACCUCCACGUGGCGGAGAGUGGCGAGGGCCCACUCAUCCUCUUCAUCCACGGGUUCCCAGAGCUCUGGUACAUGUGGCGCCACCAGAUCCUCGGCCUCUCCAUGCUCGGCUUCCGUGCCGUCGCCCCCGACCUCCGCGGCUACGGGGACUCUGAGGCUCCGGCCCCGAUGGAUGCCUACACAGCCCUCCAUGUGGUGGGUGACUUGGUGGGGCUCCUGGACGCUGUGGCAGCGGAGGGGGAGGAAAAGGCGUUUGUGGUGGGCCACGACUGGGGGGCCCUGAUGGCAUGGUACUUAUGCCUACUCAGGCCCGACCGGGUCAAGGCUCUGGUCAAUCUCAGCGUGCCGUGGCUGCCCCGGAACCCCGAGAGGAAGCCCCUCGACGGCUACAGGGCCACCUAUGGCGAUGACUACUACAUCUGUAGGUUUCAGGAACCUGGAGAGAUUGAGGCCGAGUUUUCAGAGAUGGGGACCAGGAGAGUUCUCGAGGGGAUGUUGACAUACCGCAUUCCCGGCCCGCUUUUCUUUCCCAAAGGGAAAGGGUUCGGGCACCCAGUGGAAGACCCAGUUGUGUUGCCUUCAUGGCUGACGCGGGAGGACGUCGAUUAUUACGUUGACAAGUUUGAGAAGAAGGGCUUCACUGGAGGGAUCAACUACUACAGGAACAUCAAUCGCAACUGGGAGCUGAUGGCACCAUGGGAUGGAGCUGAGGUGAAAGUGCCUGUGAAGUUCAUUGUGGGUGAGCUUGACCUGGUUUACCACAUGCCAGACAUCAAAGACUUCAUACACAAAGGCGGGUUCAAGAAGACGGUCCCUCUCUUGGAGGAAGUGGUGGUCAUGGAAGGUGUGGCGCAUUUCCUCAACCAAGAAAGGCCUCAUGACAUCAACCAACACAUUCAUGAUUUCUUUAGCAAGUUUUGAGGUUGCUUCUUGCCCCAUCGAGUGACCGGUCGGGGUCCUCAUAAAUUAUGUCCUCUAUAUAUGGCAGAGUAUGGUUACUUAAGCUAUGACAAUGCGUAUCAACAUAAAAUAACUUUUGCCCAAGUAACAGUCAAAAAAGAAAUACUUCAACAAACAUCAAUUGUGAAUAGCUGCAUUUCGCUCCAAAAUCCUUAUCCUAGACUAUGUUACAUCAGCGCAUCAAGUGGUGAAAAUUAAUUUCUUUAAGGCUGCGAUUGA